AUGUGUUCAUACUAUAGGAAACAUAUUAAAGAAUUUGCUAAAAUUGCAAACCCACUUACCGAACUAAUAAAAAUUGGUAAAAAUAAAAUAAUUUGGCUUGACGAACACGAAGAAACGUUUAAUAAAUUAAAACAUUAUUUAACUUCAAAGCCCCUCUUACUACAUUUUAACGAUGAUAAACACGUAUAUUUGACAAUGGACGCGUCUAUAUUGGGAUUAGGAGCAUGUAUUGAACAGUCCGAUGACACAAACACAUUACGCCCUGUAGGAUAUGCAUCUAGAAAGUUAUUAGAUUCAGAAAAGACUUACUCUUCCACCACCCUCGAGUUACUUGGUUUAUGUUUUGGUGUCCAAUAUUUUCGAGAGUACUUAUGGGGACGCAAAUUUACAGUAUUUUGUGACAACAUAAGCUUACAAUAUUAUAACAACCUAAAAAUACCCUCCGCUAUGAUAGCUAGGCUAACAUUAAAAUUAUUGGACUUCGACUUCGAUAUUAAAUACAUAAAAGGCAAAGAAAACAAAGUCGCUGACUCGCUAUCAAGAAAUGCAAUUAGCAAUAUUAAAAUUAUGAAUAUCAUUAAUGACGACAACGACGCACUGAAUAAUUUACACGAUAUUAAAACACAACAAAAAAAUGACCGAUUUUGCAAUGAAAUAGUAAAAGCACUGUCGAAUAUAGAGGUACACACUAACAUAAGACGAAAAUCUAGACAAUUUACAUUAGAAAAUGAAAUAUUAUAUUAUAAAAGAUACACACCACCGAAAAGUUAUACCUAA